AUGUUCAGAAAGAUCCAUUCAAUCUUUCACCCCAGCUCCCAUAGGAAGAGUCUGGCUGAUGAUAUCCCUUGCUAUGAUGGCACAGGCUCUGCUGUAAGGCUGAUCCGCAGCACCUCUAUGUACACUCUUGGAGGUGAGCAGCAGAGACUCAAUGAAUCCUUGAAAAAAUGCAAAAGUACCACCAGUAUAGAUUCAUGUGCAUACUUCCCGCAGAAAGAGGAAGACAAGGCCUGGAUGUAUGCCAAGACUCAACAUUGCUUACAGUACUUACAGGAUCUAUUAGCUUUGAGAAAAAAAUACCAUGAUAGCAUCAAUGACUUAAAAUCCGUGAACAUGACAUCAGAAAUUUCUCCGGUGUCAACGAAAUCCUCCAAAAUAGGGGAAAAGCCACUACACCCACUUCCUACCAGGCAUGCCUCUAAGAAAAGUGUCCCACAGCCCAAUUCAGAUGUAAGAGAGGCAAUAGCUUUCUUGGACUCAGUGAUUGCAGAUCUGGAUGCAGAGAAAUGGCAGAAAGUUCCUGUGACAGAUCUCCCAAACGUGGAUGUUGACUUUGAUGUUGCUACCAGCACUCGUGAGCACAGUUUACAUUCAAACUGGAUUCUCCGUGCCCCUCAGAGGCACUCCCAAGAUGCCUUGCAAAUAGCAGAGGCAGCAAGCCAGUCUAAAAGAAACAGCCAGAGAAGAACAACUGGCUCCAGAAAGAGAUUGGAAAGAUAUCCAAUGUAUUUACCCAAAGCUGUGGAAGGGGCAUUCAGCACUUUAAAAUUUAAACCAAAAUCAUGUAAGAAGGAUUAGCCCCAGCUGGAAGAUAGAUAGCUAUAUGAAUAGAUAGAAUGUGUAGCAUUUACUUCUCUUGGUAAGCUCUGGCCCACCCAACACUGCAGCAGGUAUAUAACAGUGCAUGUUAACUGAAGGUUCUUUAUGCUGUUUGUAUUGUGAGCCAUGGCUAUUCCAGGUUUGCAGUGACAUUGGAGCAUAGCUCAUUGAGUUCACAGUGCCUAACAAUACUGCUUUAUCAUUGGGUGCAGGGGAAGCUCCAACUUGGCAAGUGUUUUCCAGUGUUAUUGGAAGCAAUGAUUUCAGCAUUGCCUGGUGCAGUAAUCUCUCUCCUGGCUCUAGUGCUACAAAGCAGUUCUAUUCAUCUUUGGUGAAUAUUUGCACCAGGAGUUCCAAUUUCAGGGCAGCGAAAUGGACUUUCCUCAUCUUUGCAGCAGAGAAUUUAGUGCGUGCCAUCAUCAGUCCUAUGACCCGAGAGCAUGCAGUGGCACCAACGAGAGGCUGUGGAGAAGGCAGCCUUGAAAGGGCCUUAAAAAU